AUGUAUGGGCAACUGUUUGCCGUAGCGCUCCUUGUGACGUCGGGAGUCUCGGCCGGAUCGACAUACCGAUCGACCCUCGGCGCCUGGUGCAUCCCCCGCGGGGGAUCGGACUACGACACUAACGACACGAUAGAAGCGUACGAGCAGGCGCUGGAGUCGGUCAAAGCCAAGGUACUACAAACGGCAGCGUCGUCAAUUGAGGAUUUGCGUUCCGAAAUCGUCGACGGUGGGAAAGUCGUGGAAGCCUUUGGCACCGCGACGGAGACCAUUUGCAACCAAGCGUUGGAGGGUUUUGCGUCCGCCGCGCCGGAAGCCGGUGACGACGCCAACAAGGCGGCGACCUUUGAUCGCAAACUGCAGGAACUCGAAGCCGCUCUCGACGCUCCGCUCCAAGUGCUCUACCUGAAGCAGUUGGGGUUUUUACGGGAGGCCGCGCUCCAACGCUACCGGGCGGCCACCAAGACGUCCGGUGCGUCCGAUUACGAAGCAAUGCUACAAGCCGACUCGCAGUUUGUGCGGGAAGCGGACGGAUCCAUUCGGGAAGGAUCGGACUGGGACUAUACAGCCGAACGUGCUUUUUUGCAGUCGGUCAUGAACAACAUUGCCGAGUCCUCUCGCAAAGCCAUGGACGUGCAAAUGAACAGUGCACAACAGCAACAGACAGCCAUGCAGUUCCUCCAGUCACAGCAACAAAUGAUUCAGCAGUUGCAGAUGCAACUCUACGGACAGUCGUCGCCCUGGAACGUGGGUGUGGCCUACCGUAUCCCGGAUACCAAUUUCAAUCUCCAGGGAUCCUACCAACAGGGACGCGCCAACGUGCAACUCAGCUGCGUGCCGGACGAGUAUGCUCCCUUUCUGGGACCCAACGGAUUCACUAAUGGUGUCGGACCGGGAAAUUUGGGAUUGUCGCUGAACUUGAGCGUUUAA